GAAUUACUACUAGAGCUACCUUGUUUUCUUACCCUAUUAUUAUUGUGUAUACUUUUUAACUUUUUUUAAACUUGCGGUCUUCAAAAAUGUCUGAUUCCGAUACCAAAGCUCUUAUCAAAAGCGUCGACAUGACUGAGAACAUGCAGGCCGACGUUAUCGAGGUUUCACUCCAAGCGCAAGAACAAUUUAACGUUGAGAAAGAUAUCGCAGCAUUUAUCAAGAAGGAAAUCGACAAAAAAUAUCAGCCAACUUGGCACUGCGUCGUGGGCCGAAACUUUGGCAGCUAUGUUACACACGAAGCCAACUGUUUCAUCUACUUUUACAUUAAGCAGACCGCUAUUCUUCUCUUCAAGGCAGGUUAAAGGACACGAACGAAGUAACCCUUCGUUUUUGUUAUUCGUCCUCUUAACUAACACAGCAGUAGUAGUUUUAUAAUAGAUGCAUUUUGAUUUACUAUCAGAGAACAGAGGUGUAUUAUCAUUAUUUUAAGAAAAAUAAGAAAAAAAAUAAAUGUAAGUCUAGGUUGUGUGCUCUUUUCAUUUUGACUUUUUGUCGUAUGAAAAAAAUAAGAGGACGAAUUUUGUGCGUACUAUAUGCAACAAUUGCAGUAAAAUCGCAAUCUAGUCUUUACACCUUAAUAAGUUUUAUGAAGCGAAAAAAAGCGAUAUAUGUUAGGCUGCGUUGUAUGGUGGAAUAGAAAAAAAAUGUAUUUCAUUCUUUUACCUGUCCGUAAUAUUUUAUGUUUUAAGAUGUGAUGUAUAUAAAGGUGACUAAUCGGAAAGCAAUGACAACCAUUGGAGGAAGAUAUAUAGCUCGAAGAUCGUAGGCUUCGCGACUGAGGUAGCUUAAAUGUUUGGGAAAGGGUUUAAAACAUACAACAGGGGCAAAUGUGCAUGUACUUUUUCCAUAUAGGAAGACGUUUUUAAAACGAACAUGCUAUUUAUUAGAAGAAACAAUUUUGCCUUUUUAAUACCUGUUUCUAUUCAUUCAAUUUACUUUAUUUUCCAAAACUGGUUUUCUCACGGCAAGAAAAAAUAUAUAUUAACAUCACUACCCC